GUAGUCUAAAGGGAGUAUUGGAACUAACAACAAGAGAUAUUUCAAUAUCAGAUCUCUUAUUCUAAUUUAAUACUGCGUUAUAUUCAAUUUAUAAUUGAAUGUAGAUUUUUAUAUGAUCAUACAUAUCGUCGUUGAAACAUGGAAGGUGUUCAAAUAGUACAAUUAUUAUUACCAUAUACAAAUUAUUUAUUGCCCAUUAUCGCAAUCAUUUAUGCGAUAAAAAAAAGCUUUAACCAAAUUAUUAAGAGAGAUAUCAGUAGUGCAGAACAGAAAAAUUCUAUUUCGAACAGUAAAGAAGAUGCAGAGAAAUUACAAGAUAUAAUGGAAUUAAAGGAACAAAUGAAGCCAGAGUAUUAUUUUAAAGAAGAUUUUUUUAAAUUACUUCCUCAACUAGAACAAAAUUCUCCACAUGAGUUUGGACAAUUUGGCCAAUAUGUAUCAUUAGAAUUAAAAUGCUUAAAAUUCGAAGAAAAUAAAGAAAAAUUAAAGAACGAAAUAAGAAAAAUAAUAGUACGGAUUGCAGAAGAAGACACUAAUCAUUUAUUAAAUGAUACUUCUGCCACCGCACAAGCUCAAAAUCAUGUUGUUAAUUAAUAACUUGAUUAAGUGAAUUAAAAUUUAAACGAAAAUUAAAAAACAGUAGAAUAUUCAUAAAAGUAUACUCGAAAAUAAAAUAUUUAACUUGAAAAUGCUCCCUUUUAAACAAAUAUAUGAUACUAAAGCUAAAUAACAAUAAAUUAUAAUAAA